AGAACAUUGACAGAUCGCUGAUCAGCUCCUUCAGCUCCUUCCUUGCCUGCUCAAAACAACCUCUGUAAUCGAAAAUAACUUAACUUAUACUUCAAUUAAACAUGGGGAAUUGGAAACUGGAAGUUGGAAGAAUGGCUAUGUAUACAUCUUUUCCCGUGGGACUAUUUUUCUUCUUUAAUCAACCAACAUAUUUCGAAGAAUGGGUAACAAAUACUAAGCGUCAAAUCUUCCCACCAGAGAACAUGAAAGACAGGGAAGCUAUCCAGGAACUGAUCAGAGAAAUGAGAAAAAAGCAAAUGGAAGCCUUAGACAAGGAAUAAGUUGAUAUCAGUCCUAAUACCUAAGUUUGUACAUAAGUAACGCAUUUGAUGACUUGUUGACUAUAAUAGUAGUGGUUCAAUAGUGUUCAGUUAAUCUGUUAAUAAUAUCAUGUUUUAUCCUGUAAAGAUGUAGCUCCUAACAACACCACUCAAACAACAUUGAACCACAAGUAUAUUAUGAAUGGCAAAAUAGUGAAAGAAGGAUACAGAACUGAUAAAACACAUUAGAAGAUAUUUUCCUCUUUAUUAGAUG